UGGUUUAUUUGCUGUUAUUUUUGUUACUUUUCAGGUCAGAAACGUGUUUAUAAAAAGGUAAUUGGAACCUCCUCAUAAUGUAGCAAUUACUGUUAAUAUUUGUCAUGCAGGCAGAGCAGCGAGGUGAAGAAAACUUUAUUAAGAACAAUAACAGGAUUUAUGAUGUUGGUUUGAAGAAACAGGACAGGCAUGGGAAUAACAAGCAGGGCAACGGAGCAACAGCCAUGAAGUCAACAGAGGAAACCAGCAAAGAAUGUAGAAAACCAGUUAGCUUACAUACAGAGACGGGGUUGACAUCAUUAUUAUAGUUAUUAUAUCCAUCAUGUUCCCUUCAGUUCAUGCUGACCUGACCUUUGUUAGGUCUUAUUACUGUUCCAGCAGGAGUUAAUCAGGAGGAGAUUUCAGUGGUUUUCUGAUGAUUAGCUGGUUGAUAAAUGAGGUCAGUCUUUAUGUGGAGGCCAUUAUUUCCAUCCCAGUUUCUCUAAUCAGGUGUUCUGUAGUAACUUCUCGCAUCCAGCAUCAGAAGACCUUGCCCUGCAUCCUGCUAAGGUUGGAAAGCCCCUCUUCCUCUCUGUCUAACACACAUCCACGCCCCCGCAGUAAAACUGGUCUGUCUGCAGGCAGCCGCCCAGAAACAGACCCACCAGUUAAAGAAAGUAGCCAGUUUUCCUCUCCUGCUUCAGCCAUGCUGGACACCCUCACCUUCCUCCUGGAGAGACUCUUCCUCCUCGCUCACAUCAAGCUGUCCAGCCUGCUGCCACCGCUGGCCCGCAGCUGUGACCGGGAGGACCCGGCCCCGCAGCCCCCCGCAGCACCAGCAGCGACAGCCCCGCACAGGUUCCAGCGGGGGGAUCUGCUGGAGGUCCCCCGAACCCUCUUCACGCACUUCGGGAUCUACCUGGGCGACAACCGCGUAGCGCACCUCAUCCCGGACAUCCUGCCGGUGCUGACCUCCGACAGCCGGCAGAUCCAGGAGAUGGUGACCAACAGCCGGCUGCUGCUCGGGGUCCUCUCCAAGCGCGCCAGCAUCCGGGUGGACUCCGUGGAGGACUUCGCCUACGGAGCCGGGAUCCUGCUGAACGCCAUGGACCGGGCGGUGCUCCAGAGCCCGCUGCCCGGGGAGGAGGUGGCCCGGCAGGCUGAGCGGCUGGUCGGCGGGGUGUCCUACAGCCUGCUGUGGAACAACUGCGAGCACUUUGUCACCUACUGCCGCUACGGGGCUGCGCAGAGCCUGCAGACCGACAAGUUCUGCCAGUGGCUGAAGUCGCUGAUCCGGGACCAGCGGAGCGUCCUCCUGACUGGCCUGUUGGGCCUCCUCUCCAUGGUGUGUUUGGGAGUAUCCCCCAGCACGGCCCUGCCCACCGCCCUCAUCCCCUUCACCCUGUGGAUGGCCAGCUAAGAGCCGCCUGGUCCCAGUUCACCUUCAGUGUUGGAGGCCUGCCAGUUCAAGACAAACCCAGAGACUCUGUUCUGAAAGACCAAGUCCAACGUCUGACCUUCAUGUCAUUUCAGCUGCCUGUUUGUAGACCUGAACUGUGAGGAAAGUGAUAGUUUUGUGAGAAAUGUGUUUGAGCAAACAGAUAAAAUGGAGGAGUGGUAAAUGGAGGUGUUUGGUUUUUAUCAAGUGACAGAAACUCUAACCUCGUAUGAUGAAUCUGAUGGUUUCAAUGAAAGUGAAGACAUUUUCUGCCAGUUUUACCCACUUCACAUCAGCCAAUCAGAAGACAGAAAGCUCUUAAAGAGACAGGAACCAAAACAGCUGAAAUGAACAUUUUAGUUCAGUUCUUAAACAUUUCUUCAAAUGCACUUCUAAUUUCGUGUUAUUUAGGUCAUGUUUCUAAUUUUGAUCUUUUACUGACGACUAAAAGCACUCGUCAGCUGAAACCUUUCAAACGCCUGGUUUCUAAACUUCCUUUUUCUGGAUCUUUUCCCCAGAGUCUUGUCAGUGCACCUCGAUAAAGUCCAGUCCUCUUGGCUAAAUCUCUACAAUAAGACGUAAAACUGUAUUUCUGCAGCUGUUUUGUUGAUUGGUUCAGCACUGAAACCUGGUGAAGAUGUAAAUAUCUGUAAAUAUCCUUCAGGACCUGAUUGUUUCCUAACAGUCACAAACUUUUUUACAGUUUCGUAACUCUUUGUAUUGUUUUUGUGUAAAUAAAGAAGAAAGAUGA